CAAUCCAUAAGCUGCUCUGGGUGGGAAUCUUGGAUCUACAAAACCAGCAGGUGGCACAUCAAUAUCGCGCCCUUGGACGGACUUCUCCUCCCAAUUCCUCAUGUCCACGCCCUGUCGAAGCAUCUCCCAUCGUCUAAACCAUUCCCCGCGGUAUAUCAAUCCUCUCUUCUCUCGCUCGCUGCUCUGUCGACAACAGUCUCGCCAGUUCCGCAUCUACCCGGCCAAAAUGUCGUCCGGAUUAACUCCCAUUCUCGCGAAAGAUGCUUGCCCUCCUGCUGGGCCCUAUAGCCAGGCCAUCAAAGCCGCCGGCCAAAUUUGGGUAGCAGGACAGAUCCCCGCCGAUUCGACUGGAAAAUUAGUCGAGGGCUCUAUUGCUGACAAGACCGAGCAAUGCUGCAAGAACAUCAAGGCCAUCCUGGAAGCUGGGGGAAGCGAGAUGGGCAAGGUCGUUAGGGCUGGGGUCUUCCUCUCCGACAUGAAGCACUUUGGAGAGAUGAACGCCAUGUAUGAAAAGUACUUCUCGCACAAACCGGCGCGGACUUGCGUUGCUGUACGGGAACUACCCAAGGGCGUUGACGUCGAGAUCGAAGCAAUCGCUCUUCAAUGAAGCUUUGGCUGCGAACCACGCUUACAGAUGUACAAAUCCUCCCCGUGGGGUUCCAUAAAAGUCACUUAAGAACGCCAUGGCAUUCUAACUGGUAGACCAAUCCGAUCCUUGACAACAAACCGUACCUCUGGAGGUCGUCACAGCUUGCUCCUGCCUUCCUCCCCAUAGUGCUCAUCUAGCUCCACC